AUGCCUCUCUUCAGUGGCGGGGGCGAGAGCUCACGUCGCAAGGGAGUCAAAAAGGCGCCUGGCGGCGAGGCCCCUAACAUCGAUUGGGCUGCAUUGAGCCAGCAGACGGGAUUCACUGAUGCAGUGAGCGCUGCGAUGGAUGCAUUGCAAUCCGCUGCGGCGGCAGCGACGGAUGGGGGAAGUCCUAACAGAAGAGGCAAGGCGAAGGGAAGACGCUCUGCUGCGGGCAUGGAGAGGGACGGCGCAUCCGCCAUCAACAACAUCAUUCGCACACUCUCGCGCGCAUUCUUCUCCCUAUCACCAAGCGCGCAACGCAAUGCCCUGUGGGGUCUGCUAGUGGUAAGCAUCCUCUACAUCCCUGGCCUCUGGACACUCAAGGUGGCUCUGGCUGCGGCGUUGCUCCUCUUCAGACCGCUUGAUGGAGCGUCUGGACUAUCAGGUGGCAAGCGCGGUGGUGCAUGGAAGGUGCCCAAGCAAAAGGAUGCGAAGGGUCAAUGGUUCUCCACGGAUCCGCUGGUGGCUGCGAUGCAGAGAAUACCAGAGACAACGACAUACGGCAAUAUUGGGAGUCCGGACCCCUCAUCCUCGUCUCCCGACCUCCCAGCCUUCGCAGCUCCUCCUUCACCCUCCCCCGAGCUCGCCCCACGGCCGCAAGCCUCGCCUUCACCCCGGCCGCACGCGAUACCUCCUCCGCCUCUACCAGCAUCAGUCACUCUCCCGGACUCUGCAUUUUUCAGUCCUCAGCUGCCUCCCUCAUCGCCACGCCCCAUGGUACCAUCACUGAGCGAGCCGCAACUCCUUUCUGCCACGCCGAGGAUGCCCUCCCAGCUGAAUCGGCCGGUACGUCAUCCGCUGGAGAGCAUCGUGGGACGUCAACAGGCAACCUCUUCGCCACGCCCUGACCCGCACGUCACAUCAAGCGAAAUCAUGCCUAACCCUCACGACCGUUCGCGGGCACGUCACGUCAGCUCUCCCUACCACAGCACCCACUCCCCGUCCGUAGACAGAAGAACACAUCGUCUACCCUCCCUUCCCCCAUCUCUCCCGCCUCCACCAGGCAACGAUGAGCGCGGACCUCACGUGACGUCGGGAGAAUGGCAACGUGGUCCUUCCGGCUCGUUUCAUCGCAUUGCUGUUGCGAAGAAGGCGUGGAAAAGGACGUUUAGUGGACCAUCGAAGGGUUCAAGGCAGACAGAGCGCGAAGAGGAGCGGGAGAGACUGAGAACCGAGCAGGAGUAUGAGUUUGAGAGGGCGAUGCGGACGAAAGUGUUCGACGAGGAUCGUGCUGAUACGGGAGAGGGCGGGUGGGUCGAUGAGUUUGGCAGGCCAAUGAGCGGGUGAGCGGACGGGAAGCUUUACCGUUCAGGGGCUCAUGCGAGCGAAAGCGGGGCUGACGCUCCCCACUGAUAGUGAUGUUAUGUGUAUGAUAC